GUCACUGUCUUUUUUGCGAAACAAAUAGCGGUGCUUUUGUUUCGUGAAUUAAAAUUAAUUUAUUUAAUUAUUGGACAAUAUUUUGAACAUAAAAAGGUGUGUAUUGUGUAAUUUAAGCUAUCUUGCAGGAGUCCCAGUCGUCGCAUCUUGAGAACAGAGAACUGAAAAGAAUUAAAUAUGGAUCAGAUGCUACACCAUGUGGCCCAGACGGUGGAGAAACAGCUGGACAGCGAAAUUGAAAGGCUAGAUGCCCUGGACAGCAGCGACAUCGAAGCCAUUAGGCAGCAGCGCAUCGCCGAGAUGAAGCAGCGCGCCAAACUCAAGCAGGAGUGGCUCGCCAACGGUCACGGAGAAUACACAGAAAUUGACGGCGAGAAGGAGUUCUUCACGAUCUGCAACAAAAGCAACAAUGUCGUCUGUCACUUCUACAAGAACGACUCGCCGCGCUGCCGGAUCGUCGACAUGCAUCUCAAGACGCUAGCCAAGAAACACGUUGAGACAAGAUUCGUGAAGCUGGACGCUGAACGGGCUCCGUUCUUGGCUGGGCGCCUGAAGAUCCGCGUCAUUCCCACUAUUGGGCUGGUGAAAGACAACAAGACGAAGGACUUCAUCGUGGGCUUCACCGAGCUCGGGAAUAGAGACGACUUCUCCACAGAAAUGUUAGAGUGGAGGCUCGCAAGGUCGGAGGUGAUCGAGUACUCUGGAGAUGUCCUCACGCCGCCUGACCAGCAGAAGAAGAAACUACACAUACAAAGCAAGAAGACGAUACGUGGAGGACGGGAUGACUCAGAUUCGGAUUUGGAGCUCAGCGAUUGAAGACUGUGAGCUUUGAGCUAUGAAUACGUGUUUUAAUGCUGUUAAAUUACAAUAAAAUCAACUAGGUAGUUGACACCAUAAUUUUGGGGCAUUCUUUGAAAAGCACUACAUUUUAGUUACAUAAUACUGGUUAUUUUACAGCUCUAUUUUUAGUAGCAUAUAGCUCGCUCGAAAAUAUCGCAUUGGUGGUGUCCAACUACCCUAUCGUUUUCCAAUAGAACGUACCUACCGUACUAUUUAUUUAUUCACGCCGAUUUUUUUGAUAUCCGUGAUCUUAAUUGCGAUGUAUUACCUCCAUAUAAUUCAAUAGGAACAUUCUCGGUCUCUAAGUUUGCGAGCAUUCGUAGCGCAUUCGAAUAUUUCUUUAGCGUACCGCCUCAAACUAAUUUUAUUAUUGCGAACACACCCACUUGAAUUUUAUUUCAUUUUAAAACGCCUAUUUACUAUACAUUUUGAUCGUUUUAUACAUUUGGCGUCGUUCUAUAUUUAUUGCUUUUAUAUUAUUUAAAAAAAAUCUUGCUUCGUCUCACGCUUUAGCAGCGGAGGACUAGGCAGUGGCAAUUUGUACCUUAUUUCCUUGUGUUAAAGUCCAAAAACUAUUAUUUUAAUGGCCUGAGAGGAUUUCAAGAUAAAAAACAUUGUUUUGGACAUCAAGACAAGGCAAUAAGGUAUAAAAUAUGUUUCUAACUUUCUACUGUCAUAUAAAAAAUAUGUGUGAAAGGUGCCUUAUUUUGUUUGCGAGUAGGUUGAAUUUUGAAUGAAAGUAUGUGCGUGUUGCCAGUUACCAAAAUGGUAAACAUUUUGAUAUGUUGAUGAAUGUUGAAGAAUAAAUUAACACAAAUUAUUUGUAUAUCACCUCAAAGAAAAUAAUUUGAGAAAUAUAAUGUUUUUAACUACA